AACCAAGCUGAGCUUGACCUCAUUCAAUAAAUCUGAGGCAGACAAAUUCUACAAACAUCUAGAAGUUUGUGAAAAGGAAUUAAUCAUCAUUCCUAUUUGCGAUAACGUCCACUGGUUCCUAGCGGCAUUGUACCCAAGAAAAGGUCAGCUCUAUAUUAUCUGCUCCCUAGGGCAGACUUACAAGAAUGUUGCGUACACACUGAAACGGUACUUCUUACCAAGAAUUUCAAGAGUUGCGCAAGAUAUUGCAGUCAGCUACCCUAAGGUUCCAAGACAAAACAAUGGAAUUGAUUGUGGUGUUUUCACAAUCUACUAUGGUUCUGAUCUGAUACAGAAGAAUCACAAAGAUUGGACAACGCUUGGCGGCCAUGGUUCAAGAGUUAAACUUUUGAAAGAGUUGGAGGAGAUGAAAUAGAUUAUGUUAUAAGAGGCAUUAUGAUUGCUAAUACCAAAGACAUUAUAUUAACAUUAAGGCUGCAUGCCUCCAGAUGAACCAAAAUAUUUCAAGAAAAUAUAACUUGAGAAAAAUGUAUUAACGUUUUAUGAAAAGUAAAAAGACUAAAGAUAAAAGUAAUAAUUUCCAUGUUAUUUGCUAUUGAUGGCCAAUUUUUCAGUUAUUUUCACCAUAUUUCUACUGCGUUACUAACGCAGUAAGGGUUAAUUUUGCAUAUUUUUACCUCUUUUUUUUGUAAUUUAACAUGGUUGUAAGUGCCUUUUGAAAUGUGCAUAUUAUUUUCUCUGUCAGUUUAACAAUAUUUUACUUUUAAAUACAUUUUCAAAAUUUUCAUGAACAUUAUCAGGAAUCUAGAGGUGUGCUGCUUUAAUUAAAGCCAAGCAAAUUGUACAUAGUUCAUCCUCUUGUAUAUGCUCAUUAUGCUUACUUGUUUUCAGUGAGUUUAAUCAUUCAUGUCUUUUUGUAUUUGUCAUGUGUAAUGUUAAUUGUAUCAUGUAACAAGAAACAUAACUUGUUUUCGUUACUUAAUAAAGAAUCUUGAAUUGAAUUGAAUUAAAUUAGAUAAUAUUUUUGUUUUACAAUGUCUAUCAGAGCAAACAUCUCUUUUGUGUUUGUCAGUAUUUACUAAAGAGUUUGAUUAUAUUGUUCAUGAUAAUUCAUGGUAUAAGUUGAUAAAACUGGGACAUUAAGUGGAGACAUUUAAAUAUUUUAAAAUCUAUGUAUACAACAUUAAAAACAAGAGUAAAACAUUGUAGUAGAUUAAGUGAUCCAUACGAAUGUUUUCUUGGUGUUAACAAGGAGAGUGUUUGUCUCCCUAUCUCUUUCCCAUGUAUCUGAAAACCUUGAAGAUGAAUUCAUAAAAAGUGAAAUUAAAUGUACUGAUGUUGAUAUGU